CGCGCUCCCCUCCGCGACGCCAUGUCGCCGGCUGCGACCUGACCGAGCACCUAGCUCAAGGAAAACAGUGUACGCUCUAGUGGAUCAACCAACGAUCACUACAACUCUCCGGUACAAGUGGGUGCCAGCACCGAUGCUCUAGAAGGUCUAGCAGCGAGGAGCAGCCACAGCCGCCAUGUCGUCGGUGAAGGUGGCGGUCCGGGUCCGCCCGUUCAACUCGCGCGAGAUCGCCAGGGACUGCAAAUGCAUCAUCGAGAUGUCUGGCAAUACUACAAUUAUAACAAAUCCAAAAGCACCGCCGGGCAACAAGGAGGGCGUGAAAAGCUUCAACUUUGAUUUCUCUUACUGGUCGCACAACCCAAAUGAUCCGGAAUUCUCUUCCCAAAUUAUGGUGUACAAAGACAUUGGCGAAGAAAUGUUACAACACGCUUUCGAUGGCUACAAUAUAUGCAUAUUCGCUUACGGGCAGACGGGAGCAGGCAAGUCGUACACGAUGAUGGGGCGCGGCGAAGACGGCCAGGAAGGCAUCAUCCCGCAGAUCUGCAAAGACCUCUUCAGGCGCAUCAGGCAGACCACCAGCGAGGAUCUUAAAUAUUCAGUAGAAGUAUCCUACAUGGAGAUCUACUGCGAGCGUGUCCGCGACUUGCUUAACCCCAAAAACAAGGGCAACCUGCGCGUGCGAGAGCACCCGGCCCUGGGCCCUUAUGUGGAGGACCUCAGCAAGCUCGCCGUCACCUCCUACCAGGACAUAUAUGACCUCAUCGACGAGGGGAACAAGGCUAGGACAGUGGCCGCGACCAACAUGAACGAGACCUCGUCUCGCUCGCACGCGGUAUUCACGAUCUUCUUCACGCAGCAGCGGCACGACAAAACCACGGACCUCAUGUCAGAGAAGGUGUCAAAGAUCUCUCUAGUAGAUCUGGCCGGGUCCGAGCGUGCUGACUCGACUGGCGCUAAAGGCACCAGGCUGAAAGAAGGCGCUAACAUCAACAAAUCUCUCACUACCCUCGGAAAAGUCAUCUCGGCGCUGGCUGAAAUCUCGGUAAGUACUGCGUCAAAGAGUAAGAAGUCAAAGAAGGCGGACUUCAUUCCGUACCGAGACUCGGUGCUGACGUGGCUACUGCGAGAGAACCUCGGCGGUAACUCCAAGACGGCCAUGAUAGCUGCCAUCUCGCCUGCUGACAUCAACUUUGAUGAGACACUCAGCACGCUGAGAUACGCGGAUCGCGCCAAGCAGAUCGUUUGUAAGGCGGUUGUCAAUGAAGACGCAAAUGCAAAACUCAUUCGCGAGCUCAAGGAAGAGAUCUUCAAGCUCCGAGAACUGCUCAAGGCUGAGGGCAUCGAGGUGGAAGAAGGACCAGAUGGUAGAGUCGUUUACGAAAAGAAAGAACCGCCUACCACAGGCGAAGAGAACGCCUCUCCCAUCCGCAAGAAGAGCGAAGCCGAAGUGCUGUCUCCGAAGCUGUCUCGAGCCGGCACCACCAUCGCCGAGGAGGCUGUCGAUCAGCUGCAGGCGUCUGAAAAACUUAUUGCUGAACUAAACGAGACAUGGGAGGAGAAGCUUAAACGUACGGAAGAGAUCCGUCUGCAACGCGAGGCCGUGUUUGCAGAAAUGGGCGUCGCCGUGAAAGAAGGCAUCACGGUGGGCGUAUACUCGCCCAAGAAGACGCCGCAUCUCGUCAACCUCAAUGAAGACCCUAAUCUCUCUGAGUGCCUCAUCUACUACAUCAAGGACGGCGUGACCCGCCUAGGUACAGCCGAGGCGAACGUCCCCCAAGACAUCCAGCUGAACGGCUCCCACAUCCUCAGCGAGCAUUGCAUCUUCGAGAACACCGACGGCGUCAUCUGCCUCAUACCGCACCACGGCGCGCUCGUCUACAUCAACGGACGCGAGGUGACAGAGCCGAUAAUCCUGAAGACGGGCUCCCGCGUGAUCCUGGGCAAGAACCACGUGUUCCGUUUCACGCACCCCGGCCAGCCGCGCGAGGAGCGCGUCAGCAAGGAGAACAACAACAAGGAACAGCCUGCUGAUAAUGCUGUCGCUGAGCCCGCUUCUGACGCUGGCAGCGACACAGAAAACGGCACCAUCGACUGGGACUUCGCCCAAUGCGAGCUGCUUGAGAAGCAGGGCAUUGACCUUCGUGCUGAGAUGCAGAAGCGCCUGGUUGCUUUGGAAGAGCAGUUCCGCCGCGAGAAGGAACAUGCUGAUCAGCAGUUCGAGGAACAAAGGAAGAACUACGAGGCCCGCAUCGACGCCUUACAGCGCCAAGUUGAGGAGCAGAGCGUUACCAUGUCUAUGUACUCCUCCUACACGCCAGAGGACUUCCACAACGAUGAGGACAUAUUUGUGAAUCCCCUGUUUGAGACAGAGUGUUGGUCGGCGCGCGAGGUGGGGCUGGCCGCGUGGGCGUUCCGCAAGUGGAAGUACCACCAGUUCACCUCGCUGCGGGACGACCUCUGGGGCAACGCUAUAUUCUUGAAGGAAGCCAACGCAAUAUCAGUCGAACUCCGCAAGAAGGUGCAAUUCCAGUUCACUCUGUUGACCGAUACCGCGUACUCGCCGCUCCCUGCUGAGCUGGCCCCGCGGGACGAUGCCGAUGACGAGUAUAGACCCAGCGCGCCGACUGUCGUCGCCGUCGAAGUUACUGACACCAAGAACGGCGCUACGCAUUAUUGGACCUUGGAGAAGCUGCGCCACCGCCUGGAGCUCAUGCGGCAGAUAUACAACAUGAACGGGAGCGCGUGCGAGGAGGACGACGAGCCGGUGCUCGAGCUGGCACCGCCGCCCGCCGUGGCCGCCCAGCUGGCAACAGCGCCCGGCGCCGCGCCAGACAUACUGCAGUGCAUAUCGGCGUGCGCGCAGCAGACGCGCUUGUCGCUAGCCAACCUGCUGCCCUCGAGACAACGCCUGGAGCUGAUGCGUGAGAUGUACCACAAUGAAGCGGAGCUGUCGCCGACGUCUCCCGACCACAACAUCGAGUCCGUCACCGGCGGGGAUCCAUUCUAUGACCGGUUCCCCUGGUUCCGCCUGGUGGGACGGAGCUUCGUGUACCUGUCGAACCUGCUGUACCCGGUUCCACUCAUUCACAAGGUGGCCAUCGUGAACGAGAAAGGAGACGUCAAGGGCUACCUCCGCGUGGCCGUGCAGGCGGUCAUCGACGCUGACAAGAACAAUGCUGAAUUCGUAGCCGGCGUGAAGCAGUCGGCGAAGAUAUCGUUCGACGACGACGUCGCGCCCACGCGUUCCCGGCUCAAGGCGCUAACCAGCGUCGAGAAACACAACGCGCUCAAUCUGGAGGAGCGUAUCGCCGACGGACAGGACUCCAACAUCAAGAUUGAAGAGAUGGCCGUGGGCGAAUGCGACGCGGACAGCGGGCGCGGCGACAGCUCGCUAGCUUCAGAGCUGAAGGACGAAGAACUACCGGAGCACCUGGCGCUCGGCCGCGAGUUCACCUUCCGCGUCACCGUGCUGCAAGCGCACAGCGUGGCCACCGACUACGCCGACGUCUUCUGCCAGUUCAACUUCCUACAUCGCAACGAAGAUGCAUUCUCGACGGAACCCGUCAAGAAUACAGGAAAAAAUACACCACUCGGUUUCUACCACGUACAGAAUAUCACGGUACCUGUGACGAAAUCGUUUGUCGAAUACAUAAAAACGCAACCGAUUGUUUUCGAAGUGUUCGGUCACUACCAGCAACAUCCAUUGCACAAGCAGCAAAGCUUUGUUAUGCAGGACGCGAAGCAAGACGGGGUUGUCGCCGGGCGCACGCCGCCCCGGCGUAUGUUGCCGCCCUCUAUUCCAAUCUCGGCGCCGGUUCGCAGCCCUAAGUGGGGCGCUGCUAGUGUUGCACCUCCCUGCUGCUCGAGCCAUCUGCAUUCUAAACACGAUCUGCUGGUGUGGUUCGAGAUUUGCGAGUUGGCGCCUAGUGGCGAUUACGUGCCUGCGGUGGUGGAGCACAGCGACGACUUACCCUGCCGCGGGCUAUUCGUGCUGCACCAGGGCAUCCAGCGCCGUAUCCGCAUCACUAUCCUGCACGAGCCUUCGUCUGAUUUGCAGUGGGCCGAUGUCAGGGAGCUUGUUGUUGGCCGCAUCCGCAACACGCCAGAGGCUAAUGAGGACACAACAGACGGCGACGAGGACGGCGCGCUCUCGCUGGGACUCUUCCCGGGAGAGAGGCCCACGCUCGACGACAGGGCCGUAUUCAGGUUCGAGGCGGCGUGGGACAGCAGCCUGCACGGCUCGCCGCUGCUCAACAGGGUCAGCGCUAACGGCGAGGUGGUCUACAUCACGCUCAGCGCUUACCUCGAGGUGGAGAACUGCGGCCGACCAGCCAUCAUCACAAAGGACCUGUCAGUCGUAGUGGUGGGUCGCGAGGCCCGCUCGGGACGUUCCCUGAAACGGGCCCUGUUCGGGCCCCGCGCCGCCCGCGCAGACCGCAUCGCCGGAUUAUACGAGCUGAGCCUUCACCGGGCCUUGGAGCCAGGUGUACAGCGACGACAGAGACGCGUAUUGGACACCAGCGGAACAUACGUGCGAGGCGAAGAGAACCUUCAUGGCUGGAGGCCACGCGGGGACUCGCUGAUAUUCGACCACCAGUGGGAGUUGGAGAAAAUGACGCGGCUGGAGCAAGUGGGGCGCACGCGGCAUUUCUUGGCGCUGCGCGAGCGACUGCGCCACGGGCACGACAACUCCGUCGCGCCCAACGACUUCACCAAGACGGAGAAGGAGGUAUCCAACAUGGCGGCGAAGGCGGCGGCGGAGUGCGCGCACGCACCACGUGAUGAAUCCGCGCACCAGCCGUGGGAGAUGACGCCGCGCGAGCGCGAACUGGCUACGAAAUACAUCAAGCUCAUACAGGGUCGGAUAGGCUCCGGCGGCAAGGAACUAGAAGCGGCCGGGUCGCCCGCUACCCCAGUCGACGAAGGCGUAUCAGCCGACCUGUCUACGCCCAGCCUGCUGUCGUCCAUCCACAGCGCGAGCAGCUUCGAGCUAUGCUCCCCGGAGCGUGCGCUUCUCGAAAAGUCCAUGUCUGGCUGGGCGGGCGCGGCGGGCGUGGGCGGCGCCCUAGCAGCGGGCGCGCUGUACGUGCCGGAGUGCGAGGAGGUGCGCGUGUCGGCGGCCGUGGCGCGGCGCGGCCACCUCAACGUGCUGCAGCACGGCACGCAUGGCUGGAAGAAGCGGUGGCUGGUGGUGCGGCGACCGUACGUGUUCAUCUACCGCGACGAGCGCGACCCCAUCGAGCGCGCGGUCAUCAACCUCGCCAACGCGCACGUGGAAUACUCUGAAGACCAGGAACAGAUGGUCCGCAUGCCCAACACCUUCAGCGUGGUGAGCAAGGAGCGCGGCUACCUGCUGCAGACAUUGGGCGACAAGGAGGUGCACGACUGGCUCUAUGCCAUCAACCCGCUGCUGGCCGGGCAGAUAAGGUGUUCUCCGCCAGGUCGCGCUCGGGCCGGCGGCUGGCGGGCGCGGCGCCGGCAUGAGACCACCUCACAAUGGAGUCUAUCCUCGUUUUUUAAGCGGCGCGCGCGCACGCGACACGUACGCAGCAAGCAUCCCGCCGCAAGGUAUUGAAACGGCCCAGGUAUCACUUUGUGUCCUCGCUUCACUUGAUCGCGUAAUGAAGACGGAUUGGAUUGUAAAAUAUCAGUUGGAAUAGUGCUCGCACACUCACUACGGGCGCGCGUCGCACAGUCGCGAUAGCAAUAUAAUUACCCGCGAGCGAUAAGGAUGGGUAGCUUGGGGUCAUUGGACAAAAUUCUACGUGCUCACGGACCAGGCUUUAGUAACAAUGUAUGUUCUCUAGACAAAGUUAUAUUCAUGACAGAUUAAAGCGAAAUCGCUUCACGGUUUCACAAAAAGCCGGAGCAAAGCGAUUUCGGAAUUAAAACUGUCAUUUAAGUUACUUUGUCUAGGGAGCUGAGGGUAUAUAACGCGGGUACACAAAAGGAAUAACAUUUCUUCCUUUCGUUUUCCCUUCAGCGUUGUAAAAUGCAAUUAAUAAAUCGAAUGUUAGAAGUAAAGCGCGUAAAAACUAUAAAAUUACGCUAUGUGUCCAGUUACCGCAUGUUAUGGUUUUUAUACCCGCGUAUAAAAAGGCAUUGGGGUUGUAAGUUAUAAAGAUGAAUGAAAUCCGUCGUCAUUACGUGAUAAAGGUUGUGGUAGUAUACAAAAAGCCAAUUUUAUGUGCUACACAUAGGUAAUAUUUUACAAUGUUUAUUAAACUUGAUGUUGUAAUUGUAACUCUUAUUACACAAACUAUUUCGUAGAGGACCUAAAGUGAAUAAAAUCCGUCAAAACAGAGGAAUUAUAUCCGUGGCUGGUUUGGUAGAAAGUUUAAAGUUUCCUUCACUUGAACAUUCGUGUUCAAGCUCGAUGUGCGAAAUGAUCGAUUGUGGUCCAUUAUAGUCUGAUUUUAUUGAUAUUUCUUUAUAUUUUAGGGACCACAAGAUAAUGGUAUAGGAAAAAUAUCACUAAAUAUUAUGAAUCAAUUAUUUUAGCAUAUCCCCAAUUUUUUAAACAGUAUUAAUGAAGUCUGCAUUUAAUGCAAAUACGAUCUAUACGUAAUAUAUAUUUAUGUGUUAUAACGUUUUGAUCGUUUACAGUAACCAUGUUUGUAGUAGAAUGCCAAGUGUGAGCGGGUGGGACCAAACCGGUGCACUGAUAGGGAUCGGGGUAAAGAUAAUAAUACUAUUUACAGAAAGACGAAUUUUACCAAUCGGAACAAUAAAAUGUAUGGGUAUAGAAUAUCAUAUGGCUGUUUCAAUGUCUAUUAGGGAGAGGAUGCUCGUUGUUUAUAAGCUGUUUACAUUAAUCUAUCUUAUUUAAUUGUAUUUGUAAUGUAUGGCGGUCUUUGGAUCACGAUGUUCUUUACUUAUUAUUAUUGUAAUUUGGAAGCAUUGAUCAAAACGUGGAUGUUAGAUACAUUUGUGUAUUAACAGGUUAAUCAUCAUUAAAUACUUCUUCAUUGUUAUUGAAAUAUCAUCAAUGCUUGAUCAUAAUUAUAUUGGAACAUUGUCGACGUUCGUGAUGCGAGAGGCAGCGACGCAACCUGCGAGUUGCGCACAAGUGUGCGUCGGCGUUGCACGAUAGACUCCAUUUCUAAAGGCGAGACAAGAAUGAAUUUAAUAUGAAUUGUAUUGUGAAAAGACAAAUCACUGAAAAUACUAUAUAAAAUUUCUUCUAAUGUUGGAUACAUUUAUUAAUGUAAUUUACCUUGUAUAUACGUAUGACCCGAAUGGUAGAAUAAAUAUAUUUUGAGGCUCAAAAGGCCGACUCGAUGAAGGCAUAGUCCGUAUUCGUAUGAUGUCAUACGUAAAGUUUCUUUCACGUUUUAGUAUCUAUUGAUUGUAAAUACAUAACAUUAAUUAUAACAUUGUAGUUAAAUAUAGACUAUACGUUACAAAAACGUAAGACAUUUUUAUUAUUCUCUACUUAUUUGUAGUCCAGAUUUAUACUUUGUGUUGAUGUUUUGUCUUUUACUAUCGGUUCUAUUGAGAUCUUUAAACGGUUUGUAUAAAGUAGGUUAAUAUGGAUGUUACUGGCGUAGUUUGACCGUUCUAUCCCGCGCCUGCGGGCACAUAUGAUUGUAUUCUAGUCAUGUACUCUCCGCGUAGUACAUCGUAUGUGAUAGAGUAGCGCCAUAGUUACAUCAAUGCUGAGCUGCAGAUCACUUUGUAGUAUGUUUAUAGAUUGUCUAUGUUACGUUGUUCACAAACAAGUUCACAAGGUUAUUCGAGUUGUCCAUAGACACCGUAAUAUUUAUACAAAACAUUUAUAUCAUCGUAGCUAGUUAAUGUAUGUGACUGUAGUUUUAUAUGGAUGAUGUUUAGUUUUAUUCCUUUCGUCUAACAGCCUAAGUCCAGCAUUCUUAACUCUCGUUACCGCUUGAUAAAUGUUGAAUAAAUAAAUUAUUAUAAAGUCACUGUACUAUCGCUUCUAGGUGACUAUUUUCAAUUCGUAAUAAAUCGAGCAAAAAUAGUUCUAUUUAUGACAACAUUGUAAGCUUAAGUGACUCAGUCGUUGUAAAUAACUUAACCAUUUGGUACAUACCCCUCGGAUUACAGACGGCACUCGAGUUGCUCCGCGUUGUCCGGUCACCGCUUACACACUGAUGUAGACAUACUCGGCUAACACUAGGUAAUAUCCUGAUAAUAAUUUAGCAUAGACUAAAAUAAAUAGGUGUAAGAUCAAAAAGUAUUAUCCAAAUUUAGACAUGCUGUGUGUUAUAAUAUUUCUUAAAAUUGAAAUUAAUACAAUUAUUGUCGUCGAGAUUAUGUGAUGUAUUACUUCCGUUGUAUGAACUAUGCUAUCGUUAGUUUUCUUCCAUCUAACUCGAGUUCGUUUCGGCGGUGUUUAAAAUGUUUCAGGAACAUAUAUGAGGCUUAUGAAUGUCCAAGAAUCUUAAUGUAUAGUCGUACGUCCUUCUUUCUCAAUGAAGUACCUAGCUUAUUUAUUUGAAUUCUCUAAUAUUUUAUGUGUAAUAUGAACGAAUAAAGAGAUCUCAUAUUAAAAUGACAUUAUAAUAUUGUAAAUGAAACGUUUUCUUUUCUAGUCAUUUUGUAUAACAUUCCAUGUAUGUUUACCGUUUCCUUUUCAAAUAAUAGAGUAAUGUAUUUUGCAUAGCAAAAUGGUGUUUACGUAGUUGAAUAGUGGGCAGGAAUAAUAAAUCACGUGUGAGUAUGCGGUGGGUGUUAUAUGAUGUUUUUUGUAACUAUUUAUUUAUUCUUUUUUCGAACACUUCGUUUGCAAAGUAUGUUUAUUUGUUAUAUUUUUGUAAUUCUAAAGAGAAAAUUUAAAUUAGAGAUUGCAGCCGAGGCUGGAUUAUAUUUUUAUAGAGUAUACUGUUUAAGCUAUACCGCUAUUUUUAUAGGAGUAGCAGUUGUUUUGUGUUGAGUUGUUUCCAGUUCGAUUGGUUUGUGCCGUCGGCGCCUGCGCUUCUCUCGGCUCGCUUCGGGCGGCGCCCGGUUUGUGAUUCGAUAGUGAUUGUUGAUUGUUGGGCGAGAAUGAUAUUUAAAAAAUUAUAUAUUCUAUAUAUAAUUUAUGGAUUUCAUUCAA